GAAGCAUUCAAGUCAAUACAAAGUACCUAGACCUACUCCUACUACUACCUACAAUAGCUUUCAACAUUUCAACUUCAACUCAUUGUCGAAUUUACUCGGUGCAUUUAUUUCAGUGUAAGUACGUAGACUGUAUCUCUUCUUAUCGAGUUAUCAAAGUUAUGUUGACCAAUUCGUUAAUUCGUGUGUUACAUUUUCGCAUUGUAAAUUAUAUGUCCAAUAUUUAGCAGUUCUUCUCGCAUUUAAACGUGAAUCCCUAUUUUAUUCGUAUUGAUUCCGUUUUCGUAUGAUUAACGCGGUCAAUCAUUGACCACAAUUUAGUGAAUUUUAAAAACGUCGUCGAUAUCAAAUUACGAAUCUGUGGUAAAUAAUCGUUGAAAUUUCGUACAUCUCGAAAAAAAAUCAUGGCUGUGCAUUGGGACUUGAUAUUCAAUAAUUUAUCGGACCGAAUCGAUGAUUUAGAAAAGGAAAUAUCAGAACGACUACCCGAAAUGUGUGCUGUCGAGGCGAAGGUAUCUUACAAUAAUCUUGUACUCGUUUACAAGGAAAUGAUUGCAUAUGAAUCUCAAGCAAAGACAAUAGCUAAUACCGAUAGAUAUCAUCUGAUCAAGCAGCUAUCUGCUAACCGAAAAAUGCACUUGAGGGUGUUCAAGCUAAAACUAAAACUGGCGAAAAUUUUCUCUCCGGACGAAUCAACGCUACCGACCGAAACAGAGAUGAAUCUAGAUAAUAUUCAAUUCAUCAAUCCAACAAAACAGCCCGAAACUGAGAAAAAUUUAGACUCGCAGAUCCAGAAACAAAGCUUCUUAGUCCGUCGAAUCGAAUCUUUAGAAUUACAUCAAGAUAUUUGCUCAACAAAAGCAGAAGUGUUAAAUAACCACAUCUCUCAACUUUACGAUUCGUUUAUCUCAAACCAAUUACAGAUCGAAGCGAACCUCGACGACGAUGCCACUCUCGAUAAUCAACAAAAAAUCGCUACAGAAAUUCAACGAAAAGUGAUCGAUUUUCAAACGAAACUGAGAAAAAUAAUGCAGCCGAUUGCAUCAACGUCAUCAACAGAAUCUAUAAUGAACAAUCAGCCUCUUCAUCAAUCAACGAAGACUGAUUCCAAAAAUACUACAGCAUCGUUAGCGAAAAUCGAGACACUUCAUCCUGAACAAACCGAUCUUCAAGCGACAAAUCUCAAACUUAAACUGGCCAAUCUUGAAAAAUUGAGCACUAGCUUAUUAGGAUGCCUAUCUUGGGUCGGGCAAGUCUUUGAGGAAUAUCCCACAAUUCAGCGACAAGAACUCAUGGCCGCAGAUAUCAGACGAGAAGAACUUCAUUACAAAGCGGAGCUGAAAAAAAUCAUGCAACCAUGAAAAUUUUAUCGAUAUCGGUGAAAUCCAGCUCCAACUCUGUUCAUCGUCGUAAAGAAAUAUCUACCUUGAAACAUCUAAACUAAAAUCUUUCAUUGUCAAUAUAAAAAGAUUACCUUCUAUGAUUAAGUGAUCUAACUCGAAACACUCCCAUCGGUUUUAAUUUUACAAUUUAAUUUUUCAAACAUUUUCAUUUACUGUCGGUGAUGUAUUCGAAAAUUAAGGGAGUGUAUUUUGCUUUUAUAAUACACAUUUUUUACUUAUCAAA